UACAAUCCACUCUCAAUCUCAAACAAUGUCGCACGCAUUCGUCAGAAACUUGACCUUUCAAGCAAACGACCUCGGCAAGGAGGUAACACUCAUGCUCACUUUCGAUGGCAACAUGGAAGGCCUCUACGAGGACUUCUUUCCCGUAGUUUGGAAGGUUAGCACAUUCGGGAAGACGGGUCCUUACAGGGCGCACGCGACCUACACGAGCCAACUUGCUUUCUCCAAACCGCAGGUCGUGGAUGGGAACAUCAUUGACGCUGAAACCUGCGUCAAGAUCAAUGACAGCGAGAAAACCUCUUUGACCGAGUCCAACAAUGUCUUCCAUUUCUCGCCUCCUCAGGCGGGAACCUCUGGUAUCCUGCAAGCGGUAAACAACACUGGGGCCAUCCAGGACAUUGCAGUCGAGCUCACAGCACACAGAGAUGGCAGUCACGUCACGGCUGAGUUCACUCCGGUUCUACGGGCCUACAUCACCUCGGACUAUCAGGAAACCGCAAUCUUACGAGGUGCCAUCGAUACCCCUGCGGUCUGGUCACAAAACCUCGCCGGCCUUAAAGAAAGCACGACCUGGACCCUCACACGCGACCUCGCCUCUGGACGUUACUCGAUCGUCCAGGCUUAAUGAAGGAAUGCGAAAUUGGUACGCUUGAAUAUCUGCUACUCUGCGCGGUCUGGAUCUCAAUGUUUUCCCUUUUUUUCGUAGCAGCGUUCCGAUGGGCUGACUCGGUUACUGGUCUUUAUAAGGUCGCUCGUCUGUCAUGUAAUAGUUUGCAACAGUUGUACUGUUUUGAUUGGUGGGCUUCUAUCUAUACAUUCAAGUUUGGAAUUCAACAGUCGAUGUU